AUGCAGGCACAGGGUGUUUCUCUCUGCCUCCUGGGUGUGAUGCUCUUUCUGUGCUCAGCGCAUGCCCGAGGUCUCAGGAGAUGUCUGAUCUCCAUGGACAUGCGCCGUAUAGAGGAGAGUUUCCAAGGGAUUAAAAACGCCAUUCAAGCUAAGGACACCUUCCAAAAUGUCACCAUCCUGUCCACAUCGGAGACCCUGCACAGCAUUAAGCCCUUAGAUGUGUGCUGCGUGACCAAGAACCUCCUGGCAUUUUACGUGGACAGGGUGUUCAAGGACCAUCAGGAGCUGAGCCCCCAAAUCUUGAGAAAAAUCAGCAGCAUUGCCAACUCUUUCCUCUACAUGCAGAAGACUCUACAGCGAUGUCAGGAGCAGAGGUUGUGUCACUGCAGGCAGGAGGCCACCAAUGCAACCAGAAUCAUCCAUGACAACUACGAUCAGUUGGAGGUCCGGUCUGCUGCCAUUAAGUCUCUGGGAGAGCUGGACGUCUUGCUAGCCUGGAUUGACAAGAAUCAUCAAGGAACUUCUGCUGCCUAA